UCCAAACUCAGAUAACACACCGAUAGACAAAGCUAAGUUUGCAAGUAUCUACCUUGUACAGUGUUAAAUUAAAUUCUGAGACAUUACGAAAUAAGAAAGACAACAAGCAGGAGAUGCAACAUGACUUUAUUGAGAAUGUCGUUUUUUGUUCUGGCUUUAUCCUACGUCUUUACUGUUAAUAGCAGGCCAGCAGGUGUCCACCUGCGUAACAUGGACAGCUUCAUCCGAGCCGUGCAGCAGGUUGAAGACUCCAACCCCGGGCUGUCCCCUCUGGCUCUGGUCAGGGCCCUGAGGAGGACCGCCGGCCACGACGAUGUGAUGACAAUCCAUUUCUUGGGUGCAUCAAAUAAUCUCAGUGAUGGCGAGGCCCUGGAGACUUCCAUUCUCAAUGCCUCAUCCUUUAGCUUUUUUGACAAGGCCAUCCACCACAUUGUGACAGAUUACGGAGAGGAACGUGGGGUAGUUCUCGCUCCAGAUGGCACCACAGUAGCCCUUGCACCUUUACUGCUAGGAAUUGAAUCGGGACUGAAAGCCAAGUUGGAGGGGACGCCAGCUGUUGGGAUCUUCCCUCUCACCUUAGGCAGGACGCUGGGCCUGUCCUUCUUCAGCCUCCAGGACUUCCCGCCAUCUUAUCGCCUGGGGCCUAACGGGUGCUGGGACAGUGUGGACCACCCUAAGGUGUUCAAGCUGUCUCGGGCUGCCACUCUGGCAACUAAUGCUGUUAUUAAUGGGGGUAUGGAUGGAGCUAUACUGGGCAUGGACCUCACCAACCUACCUACGUCUGAACAGCCGCAGGCCCUCAGUGAGAUUUUGAAAGGCUACUAUAGUUUUAUUCUGCAUGAGGGACAAGGUCUUGAUGCUGUGACCAGCCAUGUUAGCCCGAGGCGAAGGGAGAUCUCCAGAGCCAUUCUGGAGCCACUGGAUCUUCACAGCCAGUUGAUGGAGGUACUAGCGUUAGUCUGGAAGCUGGAGAAGACAGAAUGGAUUGCUCUGGACCCUGAUGUGGGGAAGGCAGUGAAGGAUGGAUUGGAGGCCUUUGUGCACAAAUACUGGGACUGCCCUCAAAUCAUCCCUCGUUGUCAGUGGGGGGCAAAAGCCCAAAAGGGUGCACCUAUCCCACUGUCCCUGCCCCUCCAAUUUCUCUAUGUUCACCACACCUAUGAGCCAUCCUCGCCCUGUUUAUCCUUCCCAAACUGCUCUCGCAACAUGAGAUCCAUGCAGCGUUUCCACCAGGAAGAUCGUGGCUGGAGCGACAUAGCAUACAGCUUUGUGGUCGGGUCUGAUGGCUAUGUCUAUGAAGGCAGAGGUUGGAACCAUCUUGGCACACACACCAGAGGGCACAAUGACAUUGGGUACGGAGUGUCAAUCAUUGGUAACUACACUGCCACGCUGCCGUCUCGCCAUGCCAUGGACCUGUUGCGCCAUCGUCUAGCCCGAUGUGCAGUAGAUGGAGGACGACUGACUUCCAACUUCACCAUCCACGGCCACAGACAGGCAGUGAACUACACCGCCUGCCCUGGAGACGCCUUUUUUUCAGAAAUAAGAAGCUGGGAGCACUUCAGGGAAUGACAGCACCGCCACUGCCAGUCCGGGAUUUUUAAACACCAUUUAUAAAUCUUCCGGGAACCUGGCUCUUCAAGAACAGAAUAGUGAAGAGGCCAACUGUAAUAAAUGGGAUUAUUUCUAAUACACAUUGACAGUGCAGUGACAGCAUUAACUUUACAGAGAAAACUAUGAACCUUAGAAUGAUUGGCAUCCUGCAUUUUAAUGUUUUUGUGAAUGAAUAACAUAAUAUUCACAGAAGUCCGAGUUGACUUCAGUCACUGACUUUUCCUCAAAGUGUCAGAAAUUUGGUGUUUUUUUGUACAAUUCUUUAUUUUUGUGCCACCAUUACUUGUUAAAGGCUUAAGGCAUUUGAGUGGAUACGACUGUGAACUAUUGAGUAUAAUCAAUGCAGAUAAUUAGGAAAGUGACAUUAACCAGUAGUGAAUUAAUGUGGUGUUAGAAAUCUUGCUGGGUGUGGUGUCAGAUUGCCUCGGUGAGGUAAUUUGAAGACAAAGACAUACAAUCUAAAAGGAUAAAACUCCAUGCAAGUUGGUGGAUAAUUUCAUUACUGUCUGCUGUGUUUCCUCAUAAAUAGGAAAGAGGAAAAAGCUCAGGUCCAGGACUCAGUAAACACUUGACUAUGUAAACAGAAAACUUAAAACAACACACAUAAUAAAGCGUACUGCAGGGGUGCAAGGUGCAGUUAUGGAAAGACA